AUGGGAGAUACAGACAACCUAGCGCCAGUACUAUCAUACAAAAAACCAUCUAAGAAGUCUAAGUCGCCUGUGGCUCUGCCGGCCUUAUCAGACACAAGCACAUUUUCGAACCUGCCCAAUCAAAGACUGUUACUGGAGAGGCGGAAAGCGCUACAAGAGUUUUAUCAUUUACAUGCUGCUAAUCCAGAGACAAAAAGGACAAGCACGGAACUCAGCAAUGCGGAUAAUCAGUCUGGCGGAGAUGAAAAGAGUGCACAAGAAAAGGAAAACGACGUCGAUUCACAACAAAAUGAAAUCAGCUUGCAGGCCAGGCAAUUGAGUGACCCUGAACAAUUAAAUAAGUUUGUGGAGCUGCUGGACAUCGUUCAGAUUUUGAAGGUCCGCAACUUCAUUUCUAAUGGGCUCAAUCAGCAUGAGCUGGAGAAAAAGUCCAUCAUCUACGAUAAUUAUUCAGAACUCAUAAAGUUGAGUGAUGUUUUGGCUGAUCUCAAUGGUGAGCGGGAGUCAAAACCAACCGAUUUCAUUGAUACAGAUGCUUCUCCUUCCGUUACUUCCAAGCACGUCAACUCUGUAUUGAGCGAGUUGAGUGAUUUCUUGACGUCAGAGGGCCCUCUUUUCAACCAAGAAUUCCACAAGGUGAUCGAGGACAUAUGCAAUUUUGCUGAUGAUUCAGACUCAAUUGCAAGUAUUAAGGCUAUUUCAGGUGACUGA